GCUUCACAGAUCCCAACUGUACCCAGGUUUGCUUAGCCACUCAAGCAGUCUAAUUUGAUACUAAGCUACAGUCCACCAUGGCAAACAUGUACAGGACCAUUGCUGUAGACAGAGCAAUCUCAUCACCAGGUGGAAACUACAGCAUAAUCCCCCAAACAAGGUAUGCUGGAAGCGUCUAUGGUGGAGCUGGAGGCUAUGGUACUAAGAUUUCAAAAAGCUCAAGCUAUAGUAGUGGCUAUGGUGGUGGCAGCAGCAGCAGUUUGUUGGUCAAUACCAACAGUGACCUCUUGCUCAAUGGCAAUGAGAAACAAACCAUGCAGAACUUGAACGAUCGUUUGGCCACCUACCUGGAGAAAGUACGCUCUUUGGAGAAGUCUAACUCCAAGAUAGAACUACAGAUCAAAGAGUGGCACAGCAAGAACGCUGGCGUGGGAGAGAAGGAUUAUCAAGGAUACUACAAGACCAUCGAGGCUCUACAAAAUGAGAUUCUGAACAGUACCAUGGUCAAUGCUGAGAUCCUGCUGAAGAUAGACAAUGCUAAGUUGGCUGCAGAAGACUUCAGACUCAAGUUUGAAAGUGAGCGGUCCCUCAAAAUUGGUGUGGAAAAAGACAUCAUUGGACUGCGUAAACUGAUCGAUGAUCUCAAUCUCCAAAGAAUAGACCUGGAACACCAGUAUGAGUCCCUGCAGGAGAACCUGGCUUAUCUCAGGAAGAACCAUGAGGAGGAAGCCUCUGUGCUCCGUAACCAAAUAACAGGCCACAUCAAUGUAGAGGUGGAUGCAGCCCCCUCUGUGGACCUGGCGAAAGUAUUGGCUGAUAUGAGGGCGCAAUGUGAAGCAGUUGUAUCGAAGAUCAAGCAAGAUGCCAAGCAACAGUUUGAGACCCAGAUAGAAGAAGUCAAUAUACAGAUUGGCGGCAACGUCACUGAAUUGGAAAAACACAGGUCCUCUGUUAAAGAAGUUAAACGCCAUGUCCAAAGCCUGGAGAUAGAACUUCAGUCUGAGAUCAGUAAGAAAGAUGCCCUGAAUGCCACACUAAACAAUAUCAAUGCCCAGUAUGCUGCACAGCUGCUCCACAUGCAAACUGCAAUUAAAUGUAUUGAGGAGCAGCUCAUACAGAUUCGAAGUGACAUGAGUCGCCAGUCUCAAGAGUAUGAAAUUCUUCUGAACAUCAAGCUCCGCCUUGAACUCGAGAUUGAAACGUAUCGCCGACUUCUGGAGGGAGAAGAUGUCUACUCAAUAACCGAACAAGAGAAAUUAAGAGAACUGAGCAGAAGUCGUAAGAUCAAGACUAUUGUGGAAGAAGUGGUUGAUGGGAAAGUUGUUUCUUCGCAGGUUAAAGAAAUUGAAGAGGCCCUCCCUAGUGUGAAGCAGUGACACUCAACCUGAUAACCAACUGGCCAAUGGCUAGGCUACCAGCCACUCCAUUCAUUCUAGUGACACGCAGAGCCAAACUAAUGUCACUUUAAUAAAGUAACCAGAAGGGUGUUUCUGUUGAUGCCAGUUGAAAAAAUAAACAAUAAAAUAUCAAGGUGGAAAAAAUAA